AUGGGAGCUAAAAGUGAUUUUGAGUGGGUUUACACCGACGAACCUCAUGCCACCCGACGUACACUGAUCCUGGCCAAAUAUCCACAAAUCAAACAACUAAUGAUACCCGACCCUAACCUCAAAUGGUCGACCAUUGCGACGGUUGCCAUACAGUUGGUCUCGUUUUACAUGUUAAGAGAUGUGACCUCUUUCUGGCAAUUAUUUCUAAUCGGCUUUUGUUUCGGUGGAGUCCUUAAUAUAUCGCUGCAGUUGGCUAUCCACGAGAUUGUACACAACCACGCGUUUGGUCCGUCCAGACCAUUGGCCACCAAAAUACUCGCGAUAAUCGCCAAUUUGCCGAUUGGUGUGCCUGCAGCAGGGUCGUUCAAAAAACUACAUCUAAUUCAUCACAGAUAUCAAGGCGACGAUGUACUCGACGCCGACAUCCCCUCCAAGUUUGAGGCCGUGCUCUUCAACACGACGUUUACUAAGUUCCUGUGGGUUGUAUUGCAUCCAUUCUUCUAUGUCUUGCGACCACUCUUUUCUCAGCCAAAGUUUGUUUUAAAUCCCAGUCCCGUAGAGUUGGCCAAUAUUGCCAUACAAUUCACUUUCGACUAUUUGGUGGGCCAGUGGUUGGGCUGGCAUAUCGUGGCUUAUAUGAUAGGAUCAACGCUGUUAUGUAUGGGAGUGCACCCCAUGGGUGGACAUCACUUAUCUGAGCACUUCAUUAUUCCUAAUGAGUGCAUCGAUAUGUUUGAAAAUAAUAACAUAAAUCAACUCCAAAGGGACGACUACUCGAAACUCAUACCUGAGACCUACUCCUAUUACGGACCACUCAAUGCGCUCGUGUAUAAUGUGGGCUAUCAUGUGGAGCACCACGACUUCCCAUCGAUUCCCGGCUCACUUUUGCCUAGAGUUCGUGAAAUAGCGCCGGAGUUUUACAAUUCGCUGCCUUCCUAUAGGUCAUGGGUUUACGUCAUCUGGAAGUAUAUCACUGACGACAGAGUUGGGCCCUAUUCUCGAGUUAAACGACCGCAUCGUUUCGCAAAACACGACCAAAAGACUGUGGAUUUUAUUAAUGAAAUCAAAUCUGAAUUUAAAUAA